GCCCGGCUGAGGGCCGCCCCGGUGCGGGACAGCGGCCGCCUCCGGCCACACCUGUGAGGCGGCGACGGCGGAGGGAGCGGCAAGCGGCGAGCGGCGGCGCGGGACGGCACCAUGACGGUGGGGCCGCGGCUGGGGGCCAAGGCGCGGAGUCGCUUCUCGCGGCGGGGACCCGGCGACGACCAGGUGCGCAUCCUGCCCGGCGAGGACGAGGAGGCGGCGGCCGGAGCCCCGCGGCCGGAGCAGGAGCGGGAGGAGGGAGCGGGCGGCAGGAAGGUGCGCUUCGCCCUCCUGCCCGACUCCUACCAGCCCCUGCGGCCGCCGCCCCCCCCCGGCAAGCGGCCCUACGGCAAGAGGCUGAGGAAGUACGGCAAGAACGUCGGCAAAGCCCUGCAGAAAGGAUGCCGCUACUUGGUGGUCGGCUUGCAAGGACUGGCAACAGCCUACACUGCUCCCUUCGGGGUGGCAGCACAGAUGGCAUCACUCGUCCGCUAGAGCACGGGGUGAGCGUGAGCCUUUCCCAGAAGACUGCAACAAUUUCAUCUCUCUUACCAUUAAAUCAUCAUCCAUGACUGCGUCUGAGAAACCUCUUGGACAUGGACAGCCCCAACCCCGUGCAGCACCUGGGCCCCGUAUUCUUUUCUGCAAAAUUCUCCAGCACCUUCCAACCUUUAAAAUCAGAUUGGGUUGCAAGGACAAGGAAGUGAUUGUGGACUAACAGAGCUGAAGUUUGGAGUCGGGCAUGUGUUGGGUUUCUAAAGCUACGUGUGGAGGGGAGCCAAGAACAGAUGGGAAAGCAGGUAGAUGAAGGAGAGAGGUGAAGAGAAGUAGAUGGUGAAGCUGGUGGACGGGAGGUGGAGGAGACUGGAGUCUGAUGGGAAGGAAAUAGUCAAAACUAUGGAGGAAACAUGUAAUGAGAGAUAGGACAAGGAAGCCUUUGGUGUCCUACGUCCUUUUUUCUUUGUGAGAUGGUUUAAGCUAGGAAUGAUCUCAAACUUCUGGGUAUGAAUUGACUGGGGAGACAUGGUGGGCUUUGCUGCAUCACUGUUGUUCAUCUCAAACAUUGGAAAUCAUGAGCCCUUAGGUCUUAGCACUAGUUAAAAACCCAGGAAGGAAGUGAGGUGUUUGUCUGCUGAUUUGGGGGCAUUAAAUGUUCGCUGUGAUUAAAAUGCUAAAGCUUUCCUCUGCUGCUGUAAAUCCCACCCGCUGGUUUUUAUACACAGUUUUUAUCUAGCAUACCUGACUCCAGAAGCUGGAGCUUCAAAAAAUGAACUUAAAUAAUUUUUUACAAAAUACCAGCUGUAUCUGAAAAAGCUGAAUGCGCCAUUUGGGGCAGCAUGUUCUGCAUAAGAGUGUGCCCAUGUAACCUGCUGGCUCCACCUCCAUUUCCACGUGUGGAAGUUGCAGCCAGACAAUGUCAGUGCUGGAUGGCUCAGCUCAGUUGUGCAGAUGGAGCCACUUCCAUGUCACACCUCGAGGGACAUCAAUCUCCUGUUGAUGGCACAGGAACAACUGUUCUUAUGGGCCUUCAAAAUUCUGUGAAUUGAUUUGGCUUUUUUUCCGAUCAGUCUUUCAUGGUAGCAGUGAAUGAUUUCCCUGCCAGCACUUUCUCUGUACUACAGAUCUUCCUAGUUUUGAUGGUUUGUUUAUGUAAUCAAGGAACUGGCGUCUUCUGGAAACAACUGCUGUUCAUUUGUGUUCUUUGCCUUUUCUGAACGGAGUGGCACUGCGUGUCUUAGCACACUACUGUAUUUCUUCUAAAUGUAGCAAAUAGAACAAAGAUGGAUUUUUUUCAUGCUCUUUUCUAUCCAAACAGUAAAUAAAAGUAUGCGAUCCA